GCUUGACAGUUCGCACAGGCUUCGGACGGGGCGUGAGGUGCGUCGAGUGAGGGUGGGGAGAAAAAAAAAAGGGCUCGACCGUGCGCGCGCCAGCGAGUCAGCCCCGCCCGUCCACCCGCCAGCGAAGGGGCGCGCGCGGCGGCGGCGGUUGCAAGGAGGCGCAGCAGGACUCCCCCGAUGGCAGCGGCGCGAGCAGGGAAUCCCCGGGAAUCGUCUCGCGCCGUCCAGCUGCUGCUCGCCUCGCUGCUUUGCUGCAAAGCGGCUUUGGCUGCUGGUGCACCGCGGCGGGGCAGCGGCCGCUGCUGCUGCUCCCCCUAGAAGUCAGCAGGACUGCCUCCGGCUGGCGGGCUUCCAGAGGACCUUUUAAAAAAUUGUUUUAAAAGUUAGCCUCUCCUUAACGUUGCGCACGUUGUUCGCCGUCGUCUGCUUCCGCGCCCCUCCGCCCGACAGGCGAGCCAAGCAUCGGGCACACGUGAAUGAGGCAGCCGCCCCACGGCGAGUUUGACAUGGCACUCAGCGGCACGCUGCUCCCUUCCAUCGCCACCUUCGCUGCGGGCACGGCCGGCAGGGAAAAAACCUUGCGACAAGUCAGCGCCAGCAACAAGUGGAAAGAGGAACUAUCUCACCUCAAACGACUACCCCCUGUGCUAACAGGACGGCAUUACGACCUCUCUGCUGAGCUGGAAACCUUCAACAGUGCCAGUGGUGGUGCUAUGUCAAGGCGGGAGACGGAGGAAUUGAAUGAGCUGCUUGACUUUGACUUCAUCCUGUCCAACUCCCUGAUGCCCCAGGAACAACCUGCUGCUACCGCAGCCGUGGUAAGCACUGCUCCCGGCUCUUCAGGCUCCAGCAACAGCUGCCCAUCCGUGGCCACCUGCGAUUUCACCUACCAGCUGCAGAGGGGAGAUCACACUGGAGGAGGAGGGGGCCUCCUGUACAGCAGGGAACCGGCUCCAGCUGCCCCAUUCAACCUGGCUGACAUUAACGACGUGUCCCCCUCGGGUGGAUUUGUAGCUGAGCUGAUGAGGCCAGACCUGGACCCAGUUUAUAUGCAGCAGCAGCAGCCGCCACCCUCCUCGCUCGGAAGCUUGCACGGGAAAUUUGUGGUGAAAGCCACGGUGAACAUGGGGGAAUACAAUAACCACGUCAGUGUUAGCAGCAAGAACCCGGCGGCAGCCGUUUCCCCUUGUACGGAUGGACCUGUGCCUCCCCUUUAUAAACCGGGGCCCCGGAUGUGCCCAAAAAUCAAGCAGGAGGCCGCCCCUUCCUGCACCCUAGGCCAAUCCCAUGGGAAUACUCAGAGGGCACCGCCGCAGCAGCAGCACGAAUUCCCCAUGGGGCGGCCACUGCCUACCAGGACUAACCCUCCCUUGACUCCAGAGGAGAUGAUGAACCCCAGAGACUGCCAUCCUUCCCCACAGGGCUUGAGUCACCCCAGUCUGCCAAUUCCUCCACCAGGCUACCACCCUGCCCCCGGAUACCCUCCUUUCCUCCCGGAGCAGAUGCCACCGAGCGCACUCCAGUACCAAGGUCAGUCUUACUAUCUAAAUGUUUUUGGAGAGCCUUUAAGUGUGCCGGUACAAGGGAUGAUGCUGACUCCGCCCUCUUCACCUCUAGAGCUGAUCUCUUCUGGGAGCUGCCUGUCUGAAGAGACCAAGCCAAAGAGAGGCCGGCGAUCGUGGCCCAGGAAAAGGACUGCCACACACACGUGUGACUAUGCAGGUUGCGGUAAAACAUACACAAAGAGUUCACACCUCAAAGCUCACCUUCGGACCCACACAGGUGAGAAGCCAUAUCACUGUGACUGGGAAGGAUGUGGCUGGAAAUUUGCCCGCUCUGAUGAACUCACUCGUCACUACAGAAAACAUACGGGCCACCGCCCCUUCCAGUGCCAGAGGUGUGACAGAGCAUUUUCCAGGUCUGACCAUCUCGCCUUACAUAUGAAGAGACACUUUUAAAGGGAUAUGGCACAUUUUCCUUUUACUGCCACAGGAGAUUCAGUAUUGGACAGUAUAAAAGACUUGUCUUCCACAAAAGAAAAAGGGAGGAACUCUAGUUCAAAGCACUACAAAGAAUUCCAGAGAAGUCUUCCAAAACAAGUGUGGAAAUUAAUGGAUGAUUAAAACUUUGUGGAACUUUAAAAAAGAACACACAUGGGCAAUGACUGGAUUUUGCAUCAUCAUUCCAUCUUUUAAAAAAAAUCUGACUUGAAUCUUUCUGGACUACAGAAUGCCAAGGAAUGACUGGAAGUCAAGGAUAUCAGGGUUAAAACAAACUUUGGGGUGGGGGGGGAGAACGGGAAAAUUACGUAGGGAGACGGGGUGAAGAUUGAUGUAAUAAACUGUCGAGCAGUGGGGCUGUUUCGGAAACAUCUUCACCAUGUCCGGUCCAAUUGCUCAGGGGGGAAUGGUUCUUCGAGGUUCCAGCAAAAUCUGGCCGUAGUCAGUGCUUACUGGCUAACCCCUGCACCUUCAACUACAUUUCCCCCUUCGGAUUUUUUUUUUUAACAGUUUUGUUAAAUCUCGUUUUAAGGAGUAGAAUAAAAGCGAACCAACGUACACAUUCUGCUUUUAAAGCAAGUAGCCACCUUACCUGAAGCAUAAGGAAAGGGGGAAGACUGAAGACUCAUCUGACAUUGUUUUUUCUGGCUUGCUAGAAUGAAUGUCUGUCGCUCAAAUUGUGAGACCAGGUUCCUGCUUCAGUUCCUUGUCUUUCAAUAUUACAUCUACCUUCACCUUACAUUCCCUUAAAGAUUUUGUUCCAAUGCAAUUGUGUAAAUGCAUUGUAGUCUUGGAAUUUCCUUUUUCCUAACAAAGCCAUUACUUAAACUAUAUCAACAAGGAAAAAAGAAGUUCAGGUACAGAAUUGUGGUUCAAGGCCUAUUUUCAUGGUGCUGGAUUACUUUUGGUUCUAAAGGUACCAAAAAAAGAGGAAGCCAAAGUUCUCAAACUGCUGCAUAUUUGACAAGGAAAUACGUUUUUGUCUUCCGAUCUACAGUUAAUGAUGACCUAAAUCAGGUUAAUGAACCUGGUUUACUUGUGUGUGUCUCUUUUAAUCUUUUAUGCAGACAGUAUGUAAUGCACUGUGGUUUCAAUGUGCAAUAAUUUGUACAAUGGUUUUAUUCCCAAAUAUGCCUUAAGCAGAACAAAUGUGUUUUCUAUAUAGUUCUUUACUUAAAAAUAUGUAAUAUAAAUUUGAGACUUCUAUUUUGUAUAUUUGUAAACUAUGACGUGAAAAAAUGAACAUUUUGUCAGAGUUUGUAUUUUGCAUAUUCAUGCUGAAAAUAACUUUUAAAUAAACCUAUUUUAUCUGA